GGAUCAACGAAAUCAUGUCGAUCUCCCUAAGGUUUAUUCAACCAAGAGCCUGCCUAUUCGCGCAGAAUGCAUUGGGAGGCAAGAAGAUAUCGAACGAUGGCCAUACCUAAAAGGCAUAACAAUUCGACACAUUGAUGCUGACAUAGGCCUCCUUAUCGGUAGCGACGUUCCAGAGAUGCUACAGCCUGAAGAAGUACGGAUGAGCGAGAAUGGGGGUCCUUUUGCCACAAAAACAAUAUUCGGAUGGGUUCUGAAUGGACCGCUGGGUAGAGAAGAUGUCGACGUCCCGACAGCAAAUCCCGUUCAAGCAGACAGCACACUGGAGCAGCGCUUCGAAGAGUUUUGUAAUAUGGAGUUUAACGACGUGAACCGUGAACUCGAAUCGACUAUGUCACAGAAUGACAAAAGGGCUUUGAACAUAAUGGAAGGGUCAGUAAAGUUAGUGAAUGGACACUACGAGAUUGGUAUGCCUUGGAAAAAUUUCCCACCUUACCUGCCUAAUAAUAUGCCUCAAGCCCAACGACGUCUAGGAUCUCUUAAAAGGCGACUUCAACAAGAUCCAUCACUUCUGGAAAAGUACAAGAAGUUUAUGGACAAUCUAUUCUUGAACGACUAUGCAAGAAAGGCUACUACACAAGAUAUCGGUCCGCUGAAAUCAUUCUGGUACCUUCCCCAUCACCCGGUGUUCCACCCGCAAAAACCCGAAAAGAUUCGCGUCGUGUUUGAUUGCUCUGCCAAGUACCGUGACACCUCGUUGAACGACCAGCUGUUACAGGGGCCGGAUCUUACGAAUACGCUCGUUGGCGUGUUAACGAGGUUCAGGGAAGAACCGGUGGCGAUGAUGGCGGACAUCGAGGCGAUGUUCUAUCAAGUACGCGUUCCUUCAAGUGACUGCGACGCCCUCAGGUUUCUGUGGUGGCCCGACGGCGAUCUCUCCAAAGACCCAGAGGAGUAUGAAAUGCGAGUGCAUCUUUUCGGCGGAGCGUCAUCACCAAGCUGUGCCAACUUUGCACUCAAGAGGACCGCCAAAGAUAACCAGGCUGAAUUUGAUCCUAAGGUUAUUGAAACCGUAGAAAGGAACUUCUAUGUCGACGAUUGCCUUAAGUCAGUUAGCGAAGAAGAAGAAGCUGUUAAUCUGUCACAGCAACUACGUGAGCUGCUGGCCCGAGGAGGUUUCAAGUUGACGAAAUGGCUGUCGAAUUCAAGAAGGGUCGUCGAAGCGAUCCCCGAAUCUGAAAGAGCAUCUAUCGUCAAGAACCUCGAUUUCAACUGUUGGUCUGUCGAGCGAGCUCUGGGAACGCAAUGGAAUAUAUCAUCCGAUCAGUUUGGCUUCAGCAUCGUUAUAAAGGACCGUCCUCCCUCGAGAAGAGGCAUAUUGUCGAUCAUUAGCUCGGUGUACGAUCCACUCGGGUUCGCCGCCCCGUUUGUAUUCCAAGCUAAACUUAUCCUUCAAGACCUUUGUCGCAUGAAGCUAGGUUGGGAUGAAGAAAUUCCCGAAGAACAUCUCAAUCGCUGGCGAUCGUGGCUCGAAGAACUGCCAAAGUUAGAGCAACUCGUAGUCGACCGCUGUUUUAAAUCCCAAGAUCACGGAGAGAUUAAAACAAUCCAACUACACCAUUUUGCAGACGCCUCGCAACACGGUUACGGCGCUGUAUCGUACCUGAGAAUCGAAGACGAAGGUAAUCAGGUAAAAUGUUCUUUCGUGAUGGGCAAGUCCAGACUUGCACCGAUCAAACCACUUACUAUCCCAAGAAUGGAGUUAUCAGCUGCAGUCGUAGCGACGAAAUUAGACGGAAUGUGCCGACGAGAGCUCAGCCUGCGUAUCAAUCAAUCCUUCUUUUGGACCGACAGCACGUGCGUGUUACGGUAUAUCGAGAACGAAGACAAACGAUUCCAAACAUUUGUAGCGAACCGAGUCGCUGCUAUUCACAACUCGUCUUCCCCGUCUCAGUGGCACUAUGUGAACACAGAGCUCAACCCCGCGGAUGAUGCGUCGAGAGGAGUUCAACCGGAUGCCCUCGAACGAUGGAUUAAUGGUCCAACGUUCCUUUUAAAGCCAUUCGAAAACUGGCCAACGAGACCAGCCGACUUCAAUAACGCUGAAGAUACAGAUUUAGAAGUGAAGAAGCCUUCUGUUUGCUCGACAGUCGCCAAAGAAUCCGAUGAAAAUCCUAUCGAUUCGAUCAUUGAACGCUUUUCAUCUUGGAAUCACCUCAGAAAAAUCAUGGCAUGGAUCCUUCGAUACAAGACCAAUUUGCAACGUCAGAUCAAAAGACGAAGGGCCGGGGAGCCAGUAGCGAACGACUCCAACGGUACAUAUACUCCCAUCGAUGUAGAGGAGCUACGGAAUGCUGAAUCUGUGAUUCUAAGGCACGUACAGAAGAAGUGUUUCGAGGAGGAACGAAAGAUUCUCCGCGAAGUCAACAGCGAAACAAGUCCGAAGGACGCAAGGGCGCUAAAGAAGAGCAGCAAAAUUUUCAAGCUCGACCCAAUCUUGAAACAUGGGCUCGUAUGCGUUGGAGGUCGCCUAGAUCGAGCACCGAUUGGUCAACAAGCAAAGCACCCAGUUGUUUUACCGAAGAAUCACCACGUCGUAACGUUGAUCGUGAAUCAUCAUCACAAUCUUGCCGGGCAUUCUGGUUUAGAGUAUACUUUGUCUUUAAUACGUCAGCGUUAUUGGAUCAUCAACGGCAGACAGACGGUACGCCGGGUGCUCAACCGAUGCAUUGGAUGCAAGAAACGACAAGCGCCUGUGAGUCAACAGAAAAUGGCUCAUCUUCCGAAGGAUCGAACAACACCUUCCAACCCCCCUUUACAUACACCGGAGUAGACUGUUUUGGCCCGUUCGAAGUGCGACGUGGACGAGUGACAGUGAAGCGCUAUGGCGUCCUCUUCACGUGUUUGACGACCCGUGCUAUCCAUCUUGAAGUCUCAAGCUCUUUAGACACGUGUUCUUUUAUCAAUGCCCUGCGUAGAUUCAUCUCGAGGAGAGGCCAACCAGACGAAAUUCGAUCGGACAACGGAGGAAACUUUGUAAAGGGAGAGAAAGAGCUACGUGAAGCUGUGAAGAAAUGGAACCAAUCACAGAUCAACGAAUUUCUUCUACAAAAGAAUGUCAAGUGGACAUUUAAUCCUCCCACUGGUUCCCAUCAUGGUGGUGUCUGGGAAAGGUGUAUCAGAACCACACGAAAGGUGAUCAAGGCUGUGACCAGAGAACAAAUCCUGGACGACGAAGGCAUUAAUACAUUGAUGUGCGAAGUCGAGGCAAUCGUAAAUGGACGACCAAUCACCAAGCUCUCCGAUGACCCGCGCGACAUGGAACCUCUGACCCCUAACCACCUGUUGUUGUUGAGAGCCGGGCCCACACUUCCCCCCACAACUACCACCAAGCAAGAUGCAUACAGUCGGAGAUGGCGCCAAGUACAGUACUUAGCAGACGUAUUCUGGCGCCGCUGGAUCAGGGAAUAUCUUCCAACUUUGCAGGUUCGGCAGAAGUGGAAUAAACGACACAGGAACUUCGCAGUCAAUGACAUUGUGCUGGUCCUGGAUGAUAAGACACCACGAAACUUCUGGCCACUUGGACGAGUUCUGGAAGUUUAUACCAACCUCAACGAUGGUCUCGUACGCUCCGUGAAGUUGAAGACAAGGACGAGUGAGCUCAUACGACCGGUGAACAAGAUUGUGUUGUUGGAGGAAGCUGAUGACAACCAGAACGAUAAGUAGACUCUAUAACAUGCAUGGACCUAAUAGUCACAAUUAGAUCAAUAUUGUCCAGUUUGUCUCUAGUAGAUAAUCUGUGUUUUGUUUCAAAACUUUAUGUGUUAGAACUAUAGGUAAAGGCUGCUCAUGGUUCCGCCUUUAAGGGGCCGGAAUGUUAGUUUUGAAACACCUACUUGUAGGCAAGUUUAGUCCUAACACCUUGACGCCACGCUAUCUAACGCUUAAUAUCAAUCAGCAUGCUCGUAAAAUUAAAUGCCUGCGGGCAGUAGAUAAUAGUAAAAUUGCGUGACUCAAGGAAGAUCAAGGCACUAUUCAACGUGUUACUCCUAGUAAGAGGACAUCAAAAUUUAUGUCGGUGGAUUUAGUAUAAUUUAGAAAUUUCUAUCCACGUUCGUUUGUGUACUUGUUUCGGUUUCACGUUCUACACGAAAGCAAUAAAGUCAACGUCGGUGCGCGUGGAAACCAAAUUCGAACCGAUUUCCACGAUUAACAAUUGCCACAAUUCUGUGUCAAUUCACGUCUAUCAAACCCACGAACGUUUG